AUGAUCCAGUCUCUCAAUCAUCUCAAUGCUGGCCGCACCCGCAUCGAGUGGCUCUCGCAGCUCAAGACCGACCAUACCCCCGCCAAGGAGUACCGCCGCACCUCCAUCAUUGGUACCAUUGGGCCCAAGACAAACUCCCCCGAGAAGAUCAAUGCUCUGCGCCGCGCCGGCCUCAAUGUCGUCCGCAUGAACUUCUCCCACGGCUCCUACGAAUACCACCAGUCUGUCAUUGACAAUGCACGGAAGGCAGAGGCUACCCAGCCCGGCAGGCCGUUGGCCAUCGCCCUGGACACCAAAGGCCCCGAGAUCCGCACAGGCAACACCGUCGACGACGCCGACAUUCCCAUCAGCGCUGGCGAUAUCAUUAACAUCACCACCGAUGAUGCAUAUGCGACCAAGAGCGACAACAAGAACAUGUAUGUCGACUACAAGAACAUCACCAAGGUCAUCACCCCCGGCCGCACCAUCUACGUCGACGACGGCGUCCUUUCCUUCGAGGUGCUCGAAGUCGUCGACGACAAGACGUUGAAGUGCAGGUGCAACAACAACGGCAAAAUCUCCUCUAAGAAGGGCGUCAACCUCCCCAAGACCGACGUGGACCUCCCCCCGCUGUCCGAGAAGGACAAGGCCGACAUCCGCUUCGGCGUGAAGAACGGCGUCGACAUGAUCUUUGCCUCCUUCAUCCGCCAAGGGAGCGACAUCGUUGCCAUCCGAGAGGUUCUCGGCGAGGAGGGCAAGGAUAUCCAAAUCAUUGCCAAGAUUGAGAAUCAGCAGGGUGUCAACAACUUUGACGACAUUCUCAAGGAGACCGACGGUGUCAUGGUUGCACGUGGCGAUCUCGGUAUCGAGAUUCCUCCCAGCCAGGUCUUCAUCGCGCAGAAGAUGAUGAUUACAAAGUGCAACAUCGCCGGGAAACCCGCCAUCUGCGCUACCCAGAUGUUGGAGUCCAUGACUUACAAUCCCCGCCCGACCCGUGCAGAAAUCAGCGAUGUUGGCAACGCUGUCCUGGAUGGUGCCGACUGUGUCAUGUUGUCCGGCGAGACGGCAAAGGGCAACUACCCGGUUGAGGCUGUCACCAUUAUGCACGAGACAUGUCUGCUCGCCGAGACGGCUAUCCCCUACAUUAGCGCCUUCGACGAGCUGAGAAGGGCUGCCCCUAUCCCGUGUCCUACGACAGAGACCUGCGCCAUGGCUGCCGUGAGCGCGAGCUUGGAGCAGAAUGCCGGAGCAAUUCUUGUCCUGACCACCAGCGGUACGACUGCGCGUCUCGUCUCCAAGUACAGGCCCGUCUGCCCCAUCAUCAUGGUUACGCGUAACGCGAGGGCUGCACGCUACUCCCAUCUCUACCGCGGCGUGUAUCCCUUCUAUUUCCCCGAGCCCAAGCCGGACUUCAAGAGUGUUCCCUGGCAGGAGGACGUCGACCGCCGUUUGAAGUGGGGAAUCAUGAAUGCCAUCAAGUUGGGUGUCCUCAGCAAGGGAGACGUGGUCGUCUGCGUCCAGGGCUGGAGAGGCGGCAUGGGCAACACCAACACCAUGCGCAUUGUGCUCGCCACGGAGGAUCUUGGUCUGGAAGAGGACUCUUAG